AUGGUUUGCACUUUACAGAUACUUACUACUGAUGAGUGUAUCAAAGAAGGAAUUUUAUCAAAAGAAAAGUUAACUGCUUUAAGCAAACAAAUUAUCCCUGAUUUAUAUAAAAAAAGUAAAGGUGAAGUUGGUCGAAUAGGCGUAUUAGGAGGCAGUGAUGAAUUUUCUGGUGCUCCGUACUUUGGAGCCUUAACUUCGUUACGAGAAACAGCUGCGCCUAUAAUAAAAGGGUAUAGUCCUGAUUUAAUAGUGUACCCAUACCUCAGUAAGCAUUAUGCCUCUAAAAUUAGCAGAAUACUCGAAAAGUUGGAUGUUGUUGUGGUUGGCCCCGGAUUCGGAAGGGAGGUUGAACAAAUCGCUUUAAUUCAGGAUAUUAUUGAGACAUGUAAAAGUUUAAAAAAACCAUUGGUUGUUGAUGCGGAUGGUUUGUACGCUCUUUCUACAAAUGUUUCUGUAUUACUAAAUUACCCCAAGCCAGGUGCAAUAUUAACACCUAACAGGCGCGAAGCUGCAAAGUUAAUUGAAGCGAUAAAUUCAAAUAACACACAUUGGUAUAAUUAUUGGGGAGGCAAUGUUUCAGUUUUAGUAAAAGGCUACGAAGAUACAUUUUAUACUAGUGUUAAUAAAUUUAACUGGUCAUUAUUAGGCGGAGGAUCAGAUCGAAGAACUGCGGGACAAGGUGAUAUUUUGGCAGGUGCAAUGGGUACUUUUUACAAUUGGGCUUUGAAAGCCAAUUUGUGUGAUAAUGAAAAUUCUUUACAAGUAGCUCAAAGUGUAGCUGCAUAUGCUGCGUCAAAAUUUACGAGAACUUGCAAUGCACAUGCAUUUGCAGAAAACGGAAGGAAUAUGAUAGCAUCUGAUAUGUUACAUAAAAUUCAUAGUUCAUUUGAAGAAUUAUUUGGUGUUUAA